UACAAUACUUGGGUUGUUUGUUUCCGGGUCACAAACAUGGCACGCUUUUAAGAGGAACGUGUGUGUGGCUGGUGUAGCAGACUUAUUAAAAACGAACGGAUUUGAGAAUAUAUUUGGGCCGAACCACCAUGGCGUCAGUAGAAGAUGAUUUCCCUCGUGGUGGCCCAGUCAAGAAAACAUCUGAGCUGAAAACUACUAAAACUACGAAGCCUCGUGUGGAAGUGGACAAUCUUUUUGAGGUUCGAGAACCCGUAGUGAGAAAGAAGAAAGCAGCGAGUAAGUAUGAAGAAGAAAAGACUUCCAAAAGGCAGAAAACUCAAGGGGGUCAGACGCUCAACGAAAUAGUCCGCGUGGAUAUCCUCCAUGCGAAGGAUCUGAAGGUGGGCACGGUGAUGCUCGGCUGUGUGAAGGAGUUCUUAAAGUUCGAGGUUGUACUCGGUCUCCCCAGUGGUCUCAAAGGCUACAUGCCCAUCUCUAGCAUUUGCGAUGCGUACACGAAGACCCUGAGCAACGUACUGGAGUCUGGGGUCUAUCUCGAGGAACUCGUCUCUCCUUCCGAGCUCCUCACCCCGGGCCAGCUGGUCAGAUGUGUGGUGACGUCUCUGGAUGUGACCAAAGGGAGCAAUGUCUGUAUCAAAUUGUCCAUCAACCCAAAAGACGUGAACAAGGAGCUCAAGUCCAGCUCUCUGAAAGCAGGCAUGACUCUCAGUGGUUGUGUGGAGAGCGUUGAGGAUCACGGCUACCUGAUAGACAUUGGAGUGAACGGAACAAAAGCCUUUCUACCCAACGAGAAGGCAAAGGAUGAACUCGAGACAUCUAAAAGAGAACUGAAGGUGGGGCAGUACAUGACGGUCAUGCUGGAGGAGAUAAAAAAUGAGGGACAGGUGGUGCGUCUUUCUGCGAACCCUACGGCCGUUAAUCAGGCCUGCGCAGAGAAACAUCAUGGCUGGACAUUGUGUAACCUCUUACCCGGGCUGUUGGUAAAAGCCUACAUCAAGAAGGUGACGUCUCACGGCUUGAUCGUAACGUUCCUCUCAUCUUAUACCGGCCAGGUGGACUUCAUGCACGUCAACCCAGAUAAAUUGGCCACUUGUAGUGUAGGGGAAGAGGUGAAAGCUCGCAUCCUGUACAUGGAGCCGUCCUCUCGUCUGGUGGGUCUGUCUCUGCGUAGCCACCUCCUACCACCGAGCGGUGGCAUGUUGGACAACGUAACGUGUGAGCGAAUGGGCGAGGUGGUGAAGGGCUGCAAGAUGGUCGCUGUACAUUUCUACUCCGGAGCUUUGAUGUUGCUGCCAGACGAGACCACCGCCUUUGUGCACAAAAGCCAGUUGAGCCUAAAACUUAAUCAGCCUGAAUACACACUGAGAAUAACAGACUACAACCCAAUGGAGCAGAGCCACAUGGCCACACUGCACAAGAAUAUUAUCGACGUGCCCUUCUUCAGCUAUCAAGAUGUUAAAGCAGGGCAGACAGUUGAGGGCACGGUGCAGCGCCUGGAGAGGUACGGCAUGCAUGUCCAAAUCUCAAACUACAUUAGAGGCCUGGUUCCCAGAAUUCACCUGGCAGACAUCAUCCUCAGCAACCCUGAAAAUAAGUACACGGAAGGCAUGAAGAUCAAAUGCAGAGUUUUAUCAGUGGAUUACCAAAAUAAGAUGAUCACACUGAGCAGGAAAAAGUCUCUGAUGGAGACCACACUCCCUCUUUUCCUGUCGUACAAGGACGCGCGUUUAGGUCUCAUCUCCCACGGCUUUAUCGUCUGCGUCAAGGACUUUGGCUGCAUCGUAAGAUUCUACGGUGAUGUUAAGGGCCUUGUGCCGCUGUCUGAGAUGACCUCGGAGCCCACCAAAAAUCCACAGAGUCUUUUUUACAUAGGACAGGUGGUGAAAGCCAAAGUGAUCAAGUGUGACCCUGAAAAUGAGAAACUGCUCCUGUCCUUUAAAGCAGUGACUCAGAAUGACCUUGAGAAGAUCUCAAAUGUUAAAUUCGACUUUGAAAUCGGAAAGAAAGUGGAAGUCGUUGUAUGCAAGAAAUCCCCGGCUGGCCUUGAAGUGUCUAUUCUUCCAGAAGAGAUGCCUGCUCUGCUUCCCACAGCGCACCUCUCUGACCAUGUCUCCAAUUGCCCUUUGCUGUGGGCGGGGAUACAGGAGGGAGACGCCGUCUCCAACGCUGUGUGUCUGAGCAAACGCAAGCAAAACAUUAUUCUCAGUAAGAAGCCCUUGCUGAUUGCGGCUCUAGAGGCAGAAAACCUGGUUACGUGUUUCUCAGAGCUAGAUGUGGGGAUGGUGAUGGUAGGCUGGGUGAAGACCAUCAUGUCCUACGGCGUCUUUGUUGAAUUCCCUCACGGCCUGGUCGGCCUCGCACCCAAAGCUGCCAUGAGUGAUAAGUUCAUCACAGAUCCCACAGUAGCGUUUGAGGUAGGACAGACGGUGCUGGCCGCAGUGACUAACUUGGAUGAGGAGAAGCGGCGGUUCUUGAUCAGCCUGAAGGCGUCAGAGGUGAGCUGGGCAGAGAGUGAACCCCAAGCCAGACUGAUCCGGGGUCAGCGCGAAAGAAUGGCCGUCUGCGAAGCCAUGACCUCGAGAGGUGACUCGGACUUGAUGCAGCAGCUCUCCGCUGUGUCACUUGGGGAUAAACUGAAGAUGACCGUCGACGUGACUAGAGAGGAUGGCUCGGUCAUACUGACCUCAGAUCAGCUCAGCCAUGCCACAGUCCUGGCCUCCAAGUACCACGUAACAGAUGUGAACACCACUCCGGGCAAUCAGGUCACUGCUGUGGUGCUUUACGUUGACUAUUUGACCUCUGAGGUGCAUGUGUCCCUCCUGCCAAAUCUCACGGUGAAGAAGAAAACGUUAAAUAAAGACUCCCAGUACACUGCGACUGUCCAGUACGUGGACGAAGACUUUGCCGUAAUCUCAUUGGGCAGUACCGGUCACCUGACUGUAAUUACCACAACCGCCCACCUAAACGAAACGUUCCGUUUCAAAUCUGAAAAGCUGUCCGUGGGUCAUAAUAUAACCGUGAUCGUAACUGACCCAAGCAGUGAACAUCUGGGUGGACGAGCUCUCGUAGAUCAGCUGUCACGUGAAAACCACAGCACGUCUCAGAAUGGAAGUAACGAACACAAAUACAAGAUCGGGGAGUUCGUGAUGGUGAAGGUUAAAACCGUCAAACCUCUGUGUGUACUCGUGACUAUGCCGGAUGGAACCACAGGAAGCGUGCACGUUUCUCAGAUCCAUGAGUCGCCCAAAGUAGGAGGACUCCCCACGUCGUCCCUGAAGGUCGGCACUGAGGUUAAGGGAAGGAUCAUCGGUGCUCGUGAGAUCAACGGCCACAGGUUUCUCCCCAUCACACAUCCCAACUUUGUCUUCUCUGUGCCUGAGCUCACACUUCUCCCCAGUCAAAUGAAUGAAGAUGUGCCUGUCGCCUCACUGGAGAACAAGCCUACACCGGAGAGCUAUAACCCUGGACAGGAGCUCAUAUGCUAUGUAGCUAAAUACAUUCCACGGUCAAAGUCUCUUGAGGUUGCGGUGUCUCCGACCCUCUUUGGAUACGUGGAGCUGAUGGAUAUGAUCACUAAACGCAGAGAGGCAAAUGAGCCACAAAAGCUCUUCAAACAUGGCCAGUGUGUCUCCGCGAAGGUCGUCAGUAUCAGCCCCAAAAAGCAUCAGCAUCUCAAACUUUCGCUUACAGGGACGCGCACUCUCGAGACCGGGGUCGUUACCAUGGGCAUGGUGUGGAAAAGCAUCCCCCACAUGGGCUUGCUUCUGAAGCUGCCGUGUGGGAAUUUCGGCCUUGCACGUAUAACCGAUUUAACAGACGAAUACGUGGACGCUCCGUUUGAGCAGUUCAAAGAAGGCCAGGUGGUCAGAUGCUGUGUUGUUGGCAAGGAAGGCUGGAGGUUCCUGUUGUCUCUACGCCCAUCCAGGAUCAAGCCUGGUAAAGCCUUACCAGUCAAAGACGUGGACAUCAACUCUAUCUCGGAUCUCGAGGUGGGACAGGUCAUCCAAGGUUACGUAAAGAACGUUGGAGAACGGGGCAUAUUUGUGAGGUUAUCCAGAUCAGUCGUCGGAAGAGUCCUGUUCCAAAACGCCACAAACUACUUUGCAAGCGACACCGAUCUCUUCUUCAAAUACGUCUCCCAGAACACACUGCUGACAGCCAAAAUUCUCUGCAUUGACACAGAGACCAGCCAUGUGGACCUCUCCUUGCUCCCAGAGGACACUGGAAAAGCAGACAUUCUCCCAGAAUCCCUUGGGCUUCCGCUGCGCCUGAGGGGAAAGAAAAAGGAGUUGCGUGACCAGAGGAAUACCGAGAGGAAGCGCACGAUGUCUGAGAGCAAGCAGAAUGAAGCUGUACCACAGAAGAGAGUAAGGAAAGAAGAAGAAGAAAAAAAGGCUCCAGAGAUCAAGAAGAAGAACAAGUUAACGAAGGAGAAAGCGCAAGCUGAAGAUCAGGAUAGCGGAGUUGAGGUGUAUUUUAGAGAAAAAGACAAAAAGGACAAAGUAAAGAAAAAGGGUAAAAUUGAGGUUUGCGCUCCAGACGUGCCAUGCAGGCUACAGGUAGCAUCUGAUUUCUCCUGGGACAUAGCGCUGAGCGCUCUCAAACCUGCAUCUUCAGCCCAAAACACGUACGAGUCCAGCGACGAUGAGCAAGACGAUCACAGCAAGACACCGAAGAAGUCUCGUCGGCAGGCGGAGACGGAACGAAAGGAGGCAGAGCUCAAGCUCAGCAAACUGGAGGCGGAGCUCAUGGAGCCCUUGUCGCGACCGGAGAGCGCAGAGGCGUUUGAGCGGCUGCUGCUCUCGUCUCCAGACUCGUCUCUGCUCUGGAUGCAGUACAUGGCCUUCCAGCUGCAGGCCACACAGAUCGAGCAGGCUCGCGCUGUAGCCGAGAGAGCCCUCAAAACAAUCUCUUUCAGGGAGGAGCAGGAGAAGCUGAAUGUGUGGGUAGCUCUGCUCAACCUGGAGAACAUGUACGGUACUGAAGAGAGCCUUCAGAAAGUGUUUGAGCGAGCCAUUCAGUACUGCGAGCCCAUGCCUGUCUACCAGCAGCUGGCAGAUAUUUAUGCCAAGUCCAACAAAAUCAAGGAAGCAGAGAACUUGUAUAAGAACAUGGUAAAGCGCUUCAGGCAGGAGAAGGCCGUAUGGCAAAGUUACGGGUCCUUCUUGCUGCGUCAGGGACAGAGCGAUGCUGCCAAUGCUCUCCUCCAGAAGGCACUGCAGAGUCUGACCAAUAAAGAGCAUGUGGACCUGAUAGUCAAAUUUGCUCGGUUGGAAUUCCAGUACGGGAAUGAAGAGCGAGCAAAGGCCAUGUUCGAAAAGGUCUUGAGCACCUACCCCAAACGCACAGAUGUGUGGUCUGUUUUUAUAGACCUGAUGAUGAAGCACAGCUCACAGAAAGAUGUCAGGGCUCUCUUUGAUCGUGUGGUACACCUGAGUGUGUCUGUGAAAAAGAUCAAGUUCUUCUUCAAGCGCUACCUGGACUACGAGAAGAAGCACGGCACACCAGAGAGCAUCCAAGCAGUCAAGCAGAAAGCCAUGGAGUACGUGGAGUCAAAAGGGACUGACGCCGCUAACUAGAACAGGCAGUCAUUGUGGAACCAUUAAUCAUGGGAACCAAUAAACAUGAGGACAGUAAUCCUAAUCUUGUGGCUUUGGAAGGACUGAAUGCAUCUUCAUUACUCCAUUAUCUCCGGUUCUUUGGUAAAAUUGCAUCAGUUUUGCUUGCCUGGAUUCUUUUGUGGAAUCUAAUUUGACGGACUUAAUAGGACUGAUGAACAGACAUCAGCCUUUUAACCAGAAGAAAAACAAAGCAGAUGAUUAAGAGGAUGGGCAGUACAUUUUUUUUUUUUUUUUUUUUAAAUUGAGAUUGAAGGGGUGGGCGGGGGGAGUUUGUAAUGAUAUUAUGAAUGCAAGAUUUUGUAAGUGAAUGAAUUAAAAUGUUCCAAAUCAGG